AUGAUCAUGGAACAUCCAGCAAACACCUUCCCACAAGAGAUAUGGGCGGAGAUAAUGAGAUACUGUCCACAAGAGACGCUGGUCGUCCUCUCUCGCCUCUCGUCUCUAUUGUGUACAGAAGCCCGUAAGUUGUUGCUUCGGACAGUCGUGUCAAAACACCAUACCAAUCGCCUACACGAGCCGAUGGGGAUCAUCCACCGACCAUGGUCAUUCUACGACUUUUUGCAAAGAGAUCGUGUGGACUGGAGACGAAUGAUGAAGUCCAUCAGACUGAACUGGAUGAGCGAAUACGUCAACAAAGACGGCAAUAGUGCACUUGUCGGGAGAGAAAAGUCUAUUGAGGAUCAUCUCAUUUUCAAGACUGCAUUGUUGCUGUGUGAAUGUACUCGAUUGUCCGAGUUUCAUCUCGGUGCAAGGUCACUCGCAGUGGUCACCACCAUGCUCAAACACGGAUCUUUGCCUGUAACAUCUCUCGACUUUGCACUGCCUCAUCGAUAUCUGUGGGAGGAUAUCUAUGCAGUGUUCAAUAUACCCACACUGGCAACGUUGGUGAUACGGAAUCUACUCAGCCCAGAUCGACCUUCUUUCCGGUUUCCGCCACGUAUACCCGAUGAAUUGCAUCACAAACAUGGCACCUCGAAUGUACAAGAACUGAGUCUUUUGGAUUGUGGACCUCUCACUCUUUCUAUAUCACCCUUGUUCCAAUGGCCAAAGAACCCGAGGAAGCUCAACUAUGCACCCAUGCGUUCAAAAUGCGAGCCCUACUGGCGUACGAUUUUGCGACGAACGGGAGAUAUCUCAGACGCAGUAGACCUAUCCGUCUCCGUCCUUUUGCCACUGAAAUCAACACUGCAGGAACUCCACUUCGAUCUAGGAUUAGACAGACACUGGAUCCUCCCAUUCCAAACCGGCCAUCUCUUCCAACCCUUCACAUCGCUGAAACAUCUUACUGCUCCAAUCGAGUUAGUCAUGCAUUCACGAGGACUCUCUCGCUCAAGGACUGGCAAACCAUUUUACACUAAUCUGCCUCAUAGCUUGGAGACACUGGAACUCAAGUUUACGAUAUUGACGUCUUGGCACUCGAGACCUGCUCGCUCGGAUUUGGAUGCUGAUGCUUGCUUGAUGACUGAUCCUGCGCAUCAGCUGUUUGAUGAGUUGUCGGUUCUGGCGAUGCAGAAGGGAGAGUGGUUGUCUGGCCUCAGGCAGGUUACACUGACAGGCGAUGGGGAUAGACCAUUCUUGGUCAAGUGUAAGCAUGCUGAGUAUGCAUUGGAGGAUCUGGAGCAUAGCGGUGUGCACGUUGUUCAGGGUAACUGGUAUCGAGAGUCAGAGGAAGCUUGGAUCUGA